GGGAGGAGGGGUGGUUACAGAGAUUGGAUCUUUGUUUGCAAGAGUUCUCUUCACCUUUUGCUGCAGAAAUCGGCGGCGAGGACGUCCUCAGAUUACCGAAAAGAUGAGCGCUAGCGUCGAAGAAGAAGUUCAGCGUCCUCUUGAGGAGUUAGAAGAGCAAUCCGAGCGAGCAGUUGGAGUUACCUUGGAAGAUACGACCGCGAGCGCAGGUAAAAGUGCUGUCGAUGGUGAAGAUAAAGAGACAGACGAACCACCAAAGAAAAAGUCGAAGAAAAGCCCUGCAAAGAAAGCGUUGAUUGCAGAACCUACGAGUACAAGCAACGAUAAAUAUCCCUUUGCCCGUUCGCGUGGAAUAAGAAUAUUCAGCGAUCGAGAGAUUGAAUCACAGGAUGCAGAGAUGACCAAAGAGUACUGGCGUUUUUGGAAUGACACGGCUGAAGAAUUGUGUAGCGACAGAGCUUACAACGACUGGGGCAAGCGCGAUCUUAAGCUUUAUAUCGAUGCUGCCUGGAUUAUUCAUAAGACAUACUUGCAAGAAUUACGAGAACGAGAGCUGGCGGGAAUGUUGAAAGAGCUGCAGGAGAAACACGGAUAUGUGGAGUUGCCGCCGAAACUGAAAACCCAGGAUCAAGCUGUUACUAGCGCACUCUCAAAGGUACGCAGCAAAUUACUUAUUGUGUUUUGUUCGUGUGCGUUUUAAUCUUUCCCCUUCCAAAAUCUAAGUUUUAAUUUUCUUUAGUGACUUUUAAAUGUUUCUUGUCAUAUUAUCUUUGAAAAUUUGGUGUUAAAUCGAAUGGUAUCACCCUGUUGAUAUUUUGCUUUAUUCUCAUCACCUGUUUGCUUUACAAUAUAACGAUAUAGUUGUGAGAAAUUACAUAUUGAUUACUCUUGGGAGUGAAAGGAAAGUAAUUCCUUUAAACCCAAUCACAAAAGUUAGUAAAAAAUUAAAUUUCCGGUAUGCCCCAUGCUCUGUUUGAAAAUCAGGGCAAGUGUGAAGCUUUUGAUAUGAAGAUUUUUUAUUCUCAUACAAGUAUUAGGUAUGUUGCUUUUGAUAUGAAGAAGAUUUUUUACUCUCGUGCACUGCAUUAAGCAAUCAUUCUCUUUUAAGUGGUCAGUUGACAAAGUGUCAAAAUGUUUUUCCCUUUAAGUACUCUAAUUUUCACCUUUCAGUCAGUUGCCUUUAUUAGGGGGUGGUGGUCACCAUUGCUUGAAUCCCAAUGGUGUGUUUGUAUUGCCUUCCACCUGUAUUGUACAGUCAUUUAAAGUGGAACUACUCAUAUAGAAUUAAGAUUAAACUCUCAAGUAAAAUUUAUUCCAUUUAAUCUCCCAGAAUCAAUGAUAGUGCUUUGAGUGCAAAUUUCCUCAGCUCAUCACUGGUUAUCUUUCCACUUUGAACUGUUAGGACAAGCUUUAUUAAGUGGUCAGCUUGUAUUUUGUGGUCUGCCUGUACUAAACAGUCACCCUGCCAUUCCCCGUGGGUGACUGCUAAAUACAGGUUUGACUGAAAAGUUCAUUUUCACAACAAAGAUUUUGCACUUGGCCUGGUUUUCAAACUAUUACUUUUUGGAACUUGGAAAUGGUCUAUGGGAAAGCAGUUUCCACAUAACCUCUCUAGCUUCCUGAAUAAAAAUUGCUGUAAUUGUUCUAUAGAAUAUCAAUUCUUAUUAGACAAACAAACUCACCAAUGCUUGGGUUUGAUUUUUUUUAUCUCUAAAUUAUCUUAACUAACUAGGACAUGUUUAGCAGAUUGAGGUAGGAAUUGUAAACUACAUGUAGAUCUUGUGUUGUUAUCCUUGCACAACUGUGAAAGUCUGAUGGCCAGAAAUGUCGAUUUUGAAGUUGCCUUAUAUUAUUUCUUUAUUUAUUUAUUAUAUUUACACCAACUGGGUGGAAGGCAUCUGCAUUUCAGACAAUCUCUCAGCAAUUCAUAAAAUUUUCCUUAACAAGGACAUGCUACAGCUAAGACAAAAACUUUGCCCAGCUGAUCAACAGUCUAAGGCACCAACCAAUAGUAUACUAUACCACUUGCAGGUUUGGGAGUAACUCCUGGCCAUAAUAUGGUCCAUUAGCUUUAUCUAAAUCCUACAUUCUUUUUAAUCAUAGGCUUAGGAGCAUCAUGAUUCCCAACAAUGUUUUAUCAAUUUUUUGAAAAACAUUUAAUUUUCUGAUUUGAUUUUUUAAAAUUUUUUCAAAGGUAUCAAACACAGCAUGAAAGUCACACAGCAGAAAAUUGUUAUUUCUUAUGUUCCAGUCUUAACAUGUAUUUGUUGAAUUUUAGUUGCAAGAUUCCACAGCAAACCUGAAUGAGCUGAACCUGGAAUUGUCACGCACAAGAGGCAAAGCCAUGAAUCUCAAACAACGAGCAGUGGAUGAUUCAUUCCCUACCAAACAGAAAGAUGAAGAAACAAGAGUGAUGAGUAAACAAAUCAGUGAGCUUGAGAAAAAUCUCUAUGAAGGAAUGUCCGAAGUAAAGAAUGACCAAGAUUCUAUGAAGAAAGCUCUAAACAGACAGAAAACAUUGCUUUUUAAAGCACGCCAGGAUCAUCCUGUACUUGGAGACAGUUAAAAAAUACAUGAGACCAUUUACAGACAAAGUGAACAAAAAAAUCUAAGUUUUUAUUUGGUAGACAAAAGUAUUGCCAUGUCACUUAUUUACCAGUAACCAUUUUCCAUAAUCUUGGACCUUAUUUUUAGAGCAAGGAUUUUUUUCUUGUUUAAUGAAGAACCUCUUACAUAAGUUAUUGAUGUACAUGUUCACUUCUUGAGAAAGUAUAACCGAUUGAUGGAUAAGAGUCAUUCCUCAUGAAUUUCAUUUUGGUUUUAUCACUAGCAUUAUGUUUUAUAGAAUAUGGACCAAGAAACUGCAGUGAAUGUCAAGAUCAAAUGUUAAUUGCAAAACUGGUCCUCUUUGUUGAAAAUGUCUAAUUGAUGUUGAAAUGAAUUACAGAGCCAAGAAAUAUGUAUAGUGAGAAACUAAUUUUUGAUCUGACUGUGAUCAAUUCUAGUGGGUCCCACUUCCAUGUUUACUGUUUUUCUCUAUCUUUUGAUUCUUAGAAAUUAUGCUGGAUCAUUGCAAGCCAACUGAUUGAACCAUUUACAAUUAAACACCCUCAUGCUUAUUCUCCAUAAUGUUCUCUGGGCAUUUCCUGAGGUGCUGACAAUGAGAAUUUGAUUAACAAUCAAGAGCUUUUUUAUCAGUGAACAUUUCCUCUCUUCUCAUGAGCUUAAUGUUUGAAUCAGGGGUGAUAUUGUAAGGAGAAAUUAGAUGCUGGUCACUUGAAGAAGACAAAGGGUUGAGGCCCAGAUAUUAAUAUACAUAUAUACUUUAGGAGGGUAGUAUGCAUGAAAAUGAAAUUUGUAUAACUCUUAUCCUUUGCAAGGAACUUAAAACAAACAAUGUAACAAUUAUACUUUUGUUGCAAAUAUUACUUAAUGGAUCGUUACAACCAUAGUUUUCAUUUUUUUGUUUUUUUUUGAUGGUAUGGUAAUAAUUUUUUUAAUUCUUAGUUAUCAUAAAGCAAUUUAAUUUACAUAGUUUCCA